CACACCACAACUCUCCUCCUCCUCCUCCUCCUCCUUAACCAUCACCAUCUCUCCCUUCUACCCUACGCACCCCUCAUCUAACUAUGAGCAUUUCCCACUUACCUCUUCUCCUCAUGCUAACAUGCACCUUCAUCCCCAAAUCAUCCCCACAUCCCCAAGAUGAAUCUUGCUUGACCCAUUUCUUCCAAUCCUUAACCGACCCCAACAACAACCUGACCCGACCCGUUUUCACCAACCCAUGCUCCGACUCCACCUCCAACACGGCCGGUAUUACUUGCAAUAACGGCCGUGUUUACAAGCUUUCCCUCCAAAACCUCAAUCUAAAAGGCACCAUCUCACCCUUUAUUUCCAAUUGCACAAACUUACAAUCUUUAGAUCUUUCCAAUAAUACCCUUUUCGGAAAAAUCCCUGAUGAACUCCAAUACCUAGUCAACCUAGCCGUACUAAAUCUUUCCUCAAACCAACUCUCCGACACAAUCCCUCCCUCGUUAUCAAUGUGUAGUUACCUUAACAUUAUCGACUUACACUUCAACUCGUUAUCCGGACCAAUCCCCCCACAGCUAGGGGGACUGGUCCGGUUAACUAUUUUUGACGUGUCAGAUAACAAGUUGUCCGGUCCGGUUCCCGAGAGCCUCGGGAACCGGACUGGAAACCUGCGAAGAUUUAACGUGAGCUCGUUUGAUGGGAAUAAAGGUCUUUAUGGGUACCCGUUGGGCCCGAUGAAGAGUAAAGGGUUGUCGGUUUUGGCGAUUGUGGCGAUCGGGUUGGGGAGCGGGUUGUUGAGCUUGGUGUUGAGUUUUACGGUGGUUUGUGUGUGGUUGAGAUCGGUGGAGAAGAAGAGAGGUGUAGAAGAAGAAGGGAAGGUGCAGAAUAUGAUGCCUGAUUAUUGAGUUGAUUAGGGUUUGUUUCAUCAUUUUAGUUUUUUUUAAUGUGUAUUAUAUAUAUUAUAGUAACCUUA